AUGAAGGCGAUACCCUCCGCCUUGCGUCGCUCAACGCCCCUCGUCCGCGCGCGUCCCGACUCCUCCAGCAACCAACGCCGCUGCUUCUUGGUCGCACCGGACCAGCACCCGCCUCAGCAACAGGCAGACGCAGCGGUGACGCCUGGUGCCUCGGCGUUCGUGAACCACAGCAGCCAAGUCUCCUCGUCCCGAAAGCCGCUGGGGAUCCACUACGGCUGCAUCCGUAAGAGCUGGAGAGGAUACAUGGACAAGCUAGCGUCGUACCCGAAGCUUCAGCACGUGGCGCUUGAGGCCGCGAGCUUCUUUACGAAGCCGGAAGAGCUCGAGUUCAAUCUGCCAAGGAACUUCCUCGAGAAGUACAAGCUUGGAGAUAAACUCGGUGAGGGGGCCUUUGGAGAAGUAUAUUGCGCGUUACCGAUGCAGCAGGAGACCUCGCGUGGUAGUGAACUGCAGUUGGAUUUGGCGGUGAAGAUCGUGUCCAAGUCUCGAGUGGUGAGCCGCAAGGACUAUGCGGCGCUGAAACAGGAAGGGCGCACGAUGGUGCUGCUGGGUGGCACGCUGAACGUUGUGCAUUUCUUCGGAGCGUACGAGGAUGACGAGAAUGUGUACCUGGUGAUGGAGCGUUGUGUGGGCGGAGACGCAUCGGCAAGGUUGUCCAGAGAGAAGGAGCUGGAUCUGACUGCAAACCCAAAGCAGGAAGAGCGGGCGAAAAUGUACAUGAGGGACAUCCUGCACGUGGUCUGGCAGUGCCACUUGCUGCGUAUUUUGCACAGAGACCUGAAGCUCGAGAACUUUAUGUUUGCCGACACGAAAGAGGACAGUCCGCUCAAGCUGACUGAUUUCGGUGGAGCUGCCUUCUUGGAGGAUGGAGAAUUCCUGCACGAGGUGCACGGCACGCCGCUGUACACGGCGCCGGAGGUUCUCAAGCACAAAUACGCCUACCCGUCAGACCUCUGGAGUUGUGGAGUGAUUUUGUAUCGUCUGCUAAGUGGACGCUUCCCCUUCGAGUCCGGAGCGUUGCUUGACGAGCGUAUUUUACACGAAGAAAUCGACCUCGAAAGUCCGCCGUGGACCGGUAUCUCCGACGAAGCCAAGGACCUGGUUCGGCAACUUCUCGAGCGCGACGUCUCUAAACGCCUUACAGCCGAGCAGGCUCUCAAACAUCCGUGGCUUCGACCCAGCGCCCCUCUCUCCCCUGGAGCGCUGACGACGGCUUCUGCUGCUGCCAAGGAAGCCACCAAGGGCAUUGCAGGGCCAGUGCUGAACGGGACACUAGUCCAGAGGCUGCAGCUUUACAGAUCACUCAACAGUCUGCAGCACGCUGUACUGAACGAGGUGACUCGGCUGCUGCCACUGGCAACAAAGCAGGACGUGGUGGUGCUGUUCAGCGAGGUGUCUCGUGAUGGCAGCGAAAGCGUCGGACUCGAGGAAUUCGCAGCGUAUGUGACUAGCGGAGGCUACCGUCUGACUCGAGGCGAAGCCAUCGGCUUCUUGCGCAACCUGGACCUGGAUGGCGACGGCUUGUUGUCUCUCGACGAGUUUUGCGCCGCCUUGUUGGACUGGCCGCAGCUUCAAACGCAGCAGCCCGACGUGUUCGCCCAGUGCGCCAACCAAGUGUUCGACAUGGUGGACCAAGACAAGGACGGUCUGUUGACACUCGAGGACAUUGCCGAGCUCACUCCGUUCCAGCAUAGCGGGAAGCAUUCGCACUCGUUCCGCAACGACUUGGACCGCUGCUUCCAGUACACCGACCGGUCAGGCCGAGGCAGCAUCGACAAGGAGGACUUCAAGCACACGCUGCGCAUCGCUGCCGGCGCGUACAGCAACUUCCCCAGGAGACUCAAGUUAUAG